AUUUCACUUUCAAUAAACAAAUUAUAAAAGACAAAGUGACAAGCAAGGAAACGACCUUCACAGAGUUGGACGAAGCCCGACAGGUUAAACUAGACGUCAUAAUAAUGCGCCUUCAAAUCCUCGUUACUAUGGAUACGAGGCUCCGUUUCCCUUGUGAUGUUGUUUUCUAUCUCUCCUUUCAGCCAUGGACUCAAAAAUACUCAUUAAAAUUGUGGGUCUGAUUAAAGACUGCAGUUUCCAUGUUGCCAAAAGUAUCGCCGAGGGACUGAAACGGCAGUUUCCUGAGACGUUUCUGGAUCCAGAAAUUAGGCCACUGUUUGAACUUGAGUGGGACACGUAUCUGUGCAACAAGAAGAGGGAGCUGCGUGGUGAAGUGUGGCAGUACUCCAGCAGCCUGAUGUGCUUUCUGAACGGCCGUCUCCUCGGUGAUGAAAAGGAUCUCACCAGCUGGGCCAAGAAACAGUGGAGUUUCACUUUUGCUCGGCCACUAGCUUUCUACAUGGCUCUUGCUGAGGAUUACUACACCAAACACCUCCAGAAAACUGGGCAUCAGUUUGUCUUCAUGGACAUUGAGAUAGCAGGAGAAGCUGUGGGGAGGUUACUGUUUGAGCUCUUCUCAGAUGUUUGUCCAAAGACAUCCAAGAACUUUGAGGCUCUGUGCACAGGAGAGGAAGGACUGUCCCAGGGUGGCUUCCCACUGUGCUACAAAGGCUCUCUGUUUCAUCGGAUUGUGCCCAGUGGCUGGGUGCAAGGUGGAGAUAUUUCUCCAGAGAGGAAGGGAAAUGGAGGCGAGUCAAUCUAUGGGCCAAUGUUUGAAGAUGAGAGUUUUGCCAUUUCCCACUCUAAGCGCGGCAUUCUGGGAAUGGCUAAUAAGGGUCCACACACCAAUGGAUCCCAGUUCUACAUCACCUUACAGCCAACUCCAUGGAUGGACAAGACCUAUGUCGCCUUUGGUCAAGUUGUUGAGGGUGUUGAUGUCCUGAGGAGGUUGGAAGAAGCUCCAACUUGCAACGAAAAACCCAAGUAUGAGUGUAAAAUUACAGCCUGUGGGGUGUUUAAACCUCAACUCCUAAGCAUUAAUGAUUGAUGACUUUUUAAAUGUUUUUUUUUUUCUCCACAUUUUUUGAUACAGUAAAAUAACCAUCAUAUGCAUGUUUUAUGUUCACAUUUAUUUUUAAAUUUUUUGUUUUAAAUGAUGUUUAAGUAAAGCAGUUUUAUUCUUUUUGAGGAAUUACACACCACCUCAUCUGCAUGUGUGUUGACAGAUUUAAACCUGUUAGGGUGCAUUUGUUAUAAUUUUUAUAUUAUUUAUCUUCUACAAUUGAUUUAUAACCAAAAUCCUGUGAAAUCUGCUUUUUAGUAAAGUGCACAGCAUCCUCAGAGUAAAAAGGUGUCACUUGAGCUGAUUACCCCUCCCUUUUUACAUAGCAUAUUCAAAGUGAAAACACUUUUAUAACUGGAAAUGUGGAUUGA